UUAGUGUCCUUUGUUUUGUUACAACCUUCGUGUCUUAGAUAUCAAAAUUUCACACUGAAAGAGGCGAAAGUAUUUGUGAUGGACAGUGGAGAAUUGAAAGCAAAUUUAAGGUUCCUACCAUGGCAGAACCAAUGCACAUUUAUGUUCCCUAUAUACUACAAAAACAAUGUGUUUGAACUCGAUGAUCAGAUCAAUAUUUCUGUGCUGAGCUAUGAGACUAUAAAUGAAUUUAUGGGAUAUAUAUCGGAUAAAAUAAACAAAUUAAUUCAUACUAAUAUGGGAAAGGAGAAUGGGAACCAUGUAGUGGAUUUAAAGGUAUUAUUCAAGAACAGAAGCAAAUUGGUGUCUACCUGUAACACUGUGAAACAUUUGGAAUCCUUGAAGCAUUUGACCUUUUCAAUUUUGGGCAUAGAUUUCCCUGUCUUAAUCAAUGCUCCGUUGAUACAGGGCAUGAAAUUACCAGAAAUAAUAUUCCAUGGACACAGUGUGUCUGCAAUCAACUUCAAAUUCACAUUUGUUGAUAACGACUUGUCUUCCUUCACUUGGUACAAGUCGAAGGAUAAAAUUGAAUGGGAACAAGUUGGUAGACAGUUCAAUUACUUAGUGAAAAAAACAGAUGCUGAUCACUACUUGAAAUUGGAAUGUUUGCCAAUAAAUUCACAACAUACUGGUGAAGUAUUCAGUGUGAUCUCUCAAAAUGUUGUCUGUGCAAUACCACAGUUGCCAGUUUGCCCUUUCGAAGAUCGACAGAAACACAUAACAGGCUACACACAGAACCCCAAUUUCAGGGUUGUGUGUUACAACACACUUUCAUGCAGAUACACAGGUACCCAAUUUACGUACUGUGAUAAACAGCAUUUAUCUGUGGAUUACAGAAAGCAGCUGAUUAUGAAGGAGCUAACUGGUUACAAAGCUGAUAUAAUCUGCUUGCAGGAAGUUGACAACAAGGUAUUCAGUUUUUAUUUUCGCGACGAAUUUAAGAAGCUUAACUACGCAGCUAUAUAUAACAAAAAGGGAAAUGUAAUUCCGGAGGGUUUGGCCACCAUCUUCAACACGAAACGCUUCAGUUUCUUCGGUCAAGGUCAUAUUGUGUUUAACAUGGAAGUUAAGAAGAAUCCCUGCUUGAGGAAUGUGUUGAGAAUAAUCAAGAAGGAUCAAGAUUUGGAGGAGACGUUUAUGAAGCAAGCUACUUCAUUGCAGUUCUGUAAGCUGAAGAACCAGUGCCUUAAUGAAAUCACCAUUGUUGCAAAUACGCAUCUGUAUUAUCAUCCUGAUGCAUCUAACGUCCGUUUGAUACAGACGGUACUAUGCUUGGAUUACUUGAAGAACAUUUGUAGCAAGGAAAUUAAACAUAAUCCAAAUUACAAUGUCGGCUUGAUCUUUUGCGGUGACUUCAACAGUACCCCAGACUCGGAAGUGUACAAAUUUUUGGUGAAUGGGACCAUCCAAUACGAGAACGCUGGUUACGCAACGACCCUUUUCCAUCCGUUCAGUUUUAAGAGCGCUUGCGGUACACCCCAGUAUACGAACUAUACGAAAGAAUUUAAAGCAUGCUUGGAUUAUAUAUUCGUCGAGACCAAAAUGUCUGUGGUUGACUAUGUGCCUUUUCCCAGUGAGGAUAUUUUAAAGAAAGAUGAAGGGCUUCCAAGUGCGGUCUUUCCAUCGGAUCAUCUACCGUUGAUCGCCGACGUAAAAUAUUAGCAGGAAGAAUAAUCAAAACGCAAUGAUGAUUAUUAAUAUUAUGUUUUACUAAUUAAAUGCAGUGGACUCUCAGCUAAUGAAGAUUUCUAUAUUUUUCGAAGAAACGUUAUAAAAAAAAUAAUAAUGUAUAAUUGUACUAUUGAGAGUUUGCUGUUUGUAUCAUAAAUAGAUAUUUAUAUACAUAUGUCAUAAAUGAUUUUUAUAUAAUAAUGCAGGGAUAACAUUUGUUACAUUG